GGCGGCGGCGCUCGAAUCUGUGCGCGGGGUUCCGUGAGGGGAGCGCGGCCGGCCCGGAGCGCCGCCCGAGCGGCGGGGCCCACCCGCGGCCAUGAGGGGACUGGGACCCGCCCGGGAUCGCCGCCAGGGACUCUGCGACAUCGUCGCGACCCCCAGCCGCCGCUCCGCCUGGGGACAGCCGCCGCUGCGCUCGGUGUCCCUCAGCAGCAUUCCCGCGGGGACGCUCACCCCGCUGAAGCAGCUCCUGCAGGACCAGGGCAGCGUCGCGGCUGCGGACAGCCGCGUAUCGGGCCCGCAGCUCGCGGGGCCGGAGCGCCGGGCUGGGCCCGACAGCCGGCCUGGGCCCGACAGCCGGGCUGGGCCCGACAGCCAGCCUGGGCCCGGUCCCGGUCCCGACAGCCGGCCCGGUCCCGGUCUCGACAGCCGGCCCGGUCCCGGUCUCGACAGCCGGCCCGGUCCCGUCGCCGAGCGGCCGCCGAAGCGCCGCGCUCCGGAGCCGCCCGGGCAGGAGUCGCCGAUCAAGAUCUUCCAGCGGAUGAAGGCGCGGGCGGAGCAGCAGCGCAGGGUCGCCACCGACGUGAUCCUGAGCCCCGCGGCCCGGCAGCACGGGCCCGACACGGCCCGGCAGAACGGGCCCGACACGGCCCGGCAGGAAAGGAACUCUGCUUGGGAGCCAUUUUUGCCUCAGGUUCCCAGGAUGGAGCCCCUGGAAGUGCCCCCAGCAGAGCCUCCCGUGCUGGAAACCCCCCAGAAGUUCUUCCUGCGGGUGAAGUGGCAACUGCAGCAGCAGCACCAAGCUAGACCACCUUCAACCCAAACCCAGCAGAAUGUUCCUCCUUCCACAACUGCAGAGAAUCCUUCAGCCCAGCCUGCCUGUGCUGAGCAGCCAGGGAAUGAGCCUGCAGAGGAUGUGGACUCUGAUAAGGAUGAUGUGGAUGUUUUCCUGGUGGAAUCUAUAGAAGUAGAUGCUGAUGGAGAAGUGUCUCAAAGUACAGUGGCUACUCCUUUGCAAGUGAACCCCACCCCUUGGGAAAAGGGGGAUCAGGUAAAAGGAAGGUCGGGAAAUGGAGAAGCAAAACGUACAGAGCUUCAUGAAGACAGGAGAGAGUUGCAGCCCAGCAAAAAACCAGCUGCUCCAGCAGUGGAAAAGGCACCAGAGACUAAUCCUGAAAACCCCUCCCAGCGCUUCUGUAGCAUCACGCUCUACUCUCCAGUCCACAUUCCAAGGAAGCAGAGGCUGGCAGAAGAACCCAAGACCCCUUUGGAUAAACCUCCUACUGAUCAACCUGCUGGCAAAGCUCACAAAGAGAAAAACAUCUGCCUGCACAGCUGGAGGAUUAAAGUGCUGCCUGGAAACACGACAAUCUGUGUGGAAGGGAAAAGGAAGGACAUGAAGCAGCUGCUGUGGCACAGCAGCGCCAUCACGCAGCGCGUCACUCACAACCAGGUGCGGACCUCCUCGGGAGCUGUCUACCAGCUGCAGGGCAAGAUAGACACAGCUGCCAUGAGGAAGGAGGGGUUCCCCUACCGCUUCAUCAAGAAAUUCACAUUUGGCUUCUCCAGAAGGUGGAAGGAGUACGUGGAGGAGUUUCUUGAGGAAAGGAGGAGGAAAGAACUAGUUCAAGAUAGUGGAGGGGAGGAAAACGAGGAGAAUGACUCCGUGGGGGGAACUGAUGUGUUGGAAACCACAAGAGGCUCAGCAAGCAGUGCAAAGAAACCUGCACUGAGAAACUGCACCUAUGACGUGUCACCAGAGAAUCAUGAGAACAUCUUCAUAACACCAAAGCACAGCUCCAGGAACGACUCGAGCAGUGUCUACACUCGCAGCGGGCGCCGCAUCAAACCCCCCCUGAACUUCUGGUGUGGGCAGAGGGAGUUUGUGGAUCGGAACCUGAACGUCACCAUAGAAAAUGGAGGGGUGGAUUAUCUCAGCCUGAUGCUUAGUAGUGAAAGACCCAAAAGAAAGACCAGUUCCACCUCCAAGAAGAAUAAACCAAAGGAAGACAUGAAGACAACAGAGGAAAUGCCAAAACACCAAAGUAAAGGGAAAAGCAGCGAGAGAGGAGCCACUUCCAGAGGAGACCCCAGAUCUGCCAGCAGCAGGAAGAGCAGGCGCUUCCUUUCGGAUGAGGAGGAGAGCGCUCCUGGAAUCAGGGGCACAGAAACGAAAUCCCAGCUCCCUGCCAGGGGGGCUUCCUUAAACACCAAGGGGCUGAACAAACACAGCAGCAGAGCCCCGGAGGCAGCAGAGAGAGCAGCAGGCUCUGAAGAGCUGAGCAUGUACGAGCAGGGCUACAGGAACUCCCUCAGGUCAGCCAAGCAGCGCCUCCCAGGAAAGGAGAGGAUUCUCCUCGCCCAGGAACCUUCAGAGGAUGAGGAGGAGCAGUCCAGUGAGGACGCUCCACUGCUGAUCAGGAGGAAAAAUAAACCCAUAUUAAAACCAGAGUCUCGAAGCCAGAAACCUUGCUCUGGCUCCAGAGGUUCCAGGGAUGAUGCAAACAAGUCCUGUGGCCAAAGGACAGGAAAGCCCUCCCGGAAUGUGCUGGUGCGGCUGAGUGGGACCGAGUCCAGCGACGAGUCUGAGUCCCCUUCUGAAGGGAAAACAUCCUCUGAGUCCAGUUCUUCCUUCCUGCCUGCUCAGGCCAGGAGGGCACGGGGCAGAACCAACCCUCCCAGGCUGGUCGAUUCCAACACCGAGCCUGAAACCGAGGAGGAAAUUCAGGGCAAGGACAGGAAUGCCAGAGUACCCCAGAUGAAAACAAGCCAUGGAGUCUCCAACAGUGCCAGGGCUUCAGCAGCAAAACUGAGAGAGGCAAAAGGGCAGAAAUCUCUGGAACUUUUUCCAAGGGCAGCUGAUGGCUGGUCUGAGAAGGAAUUACAGAAACUUCACAAGGCCAUCGCGGCGUUCCCGAAGCACAGGAGCAGCUUCUGGCAGGAGGUGGCCAUGGCCGUGGGGUCCCGCUCGGCCGAGGAGUGCCAGGGGAAGUACCUGGAGGAGCAGGAGGGGAAAGGCUCCACGUGGCAGCCCAGGAGAACCACGUCAGAAAAAUCUGAGAAGAAAGAUAAGAAGGAGCCAGUGAUCACUGCCAAGGUGGGCACCCUCAAGCGGAAGCAGCAGAUGAGGGAGUUCCUGGAGCAGCUGCCCAAGGACAACCACGACGACGUCUUCACCGCGACGCCCUUCCAGAACAGGAGGGUGCAGCUGCCAGCACUGCGAGGGAGCCAGGACGGGGACACCAAGGAUUUCACCCUCUCAGAGCUCCCGCUCACCCCCUCCUCAGGCCUCUUUCCCCCUGUGAAAACCCCGCAGUGUGAGCACAUCAGCCCGGGAAUGCUGGUCCCCAUCAACAGGAACGACUACGACCGGCACGUGUUCCACAUGCAGAAGAACACGCAGGGCAGCAGAGGCACCUGGGACAAGGUCAAGAAGAAGACGGCCAAAGCUGCACUGGAGACACCACCUUCCUGCAGAACCAAGAGAGUGACCCCGGCCCCAGUGGUGGGGAAGCUCUUCGAGGCUGAGAAUCCAGCCUCAUCUGGUGAGGAGCAGGAUGAUUCCUACUUUUCUGUCUGAUGGACUUUGUGGAUGUGUUCAGCACCUCCUACUUUCCCAUCUGAUGGACUCUGAGGAUGUGUUGUUCACUUGCUGUUCAGAGCACGGGGGUUCUGCUGCCCUCUGGGAGGGAAUGCUGGAAUGAUUUCAGUUUGGAAAAGCUGCCCUGCUCUGGUUUUAUGUGUUUUAACUCCGUUCCCACCCUGCCAGCAAUGCUUGGAUUUUCCAUUUGUACAAAGUGGCAUUUCCUUGUCCAGGCUCCUCCUCUCCAUGUCCUGUUUCUCCUGGGAAGGAGAAAUGUACAUAGAUACCAAUGAAUGCCAACUUAUGAUACAUUUUAAGCUAAAAUAUCUUCUCAGAUAUGGCUGUAUAAUAAAUUUAAGAGCAGUCCAGAAGGAAAUGAAAUUGCUUUUAAAUUUACUCUAGAGACAGCUUGAAUUUUUAUAUUUCCUUAAUGUAAUAAACAAGAAGAAGC